AGACCGAAAUAAAUAUAACUGUGUAGGCUAACGUCAGCUAACGCUUCAUUGAAGGUCCUAAAACGGGUUCUCUUUCCCAGCACCCUCGCGCUGAGCUAAGUUACCGAUCAGACCACCAAUGUAGCUUUCCACACCCGGAACAAAUCUGCAAAGCUACUUAGCCUCUGAGCUAAUGGUUGGGCUAGCAUGAUUUUAGCAGCUUUGUGUUGAGAUUUUGGAGCGUUGAUCGGCGAUGAGGCGCUUGCUAAACUGUGUCCUCCAUGGACCCAAAGUUCUCCAAACCAUGUGGUUAGAUGUGUCCCCGUUUGGGGUGAAAAGCCGCCCCCUGAUGUUGUGCACGUCGUCCUUCCAGGCGGACGGUAUUUCGAACGGGACACACAGUAAGAAGGCGUUACUGUCAGACUCUCAGCUGUUUGAAGCCAAAUUCGAUGAGCUGGUGACGGAGUUGAUCGAGAGAGAUCUAAAGGAUCCGGGCCUGGCUGAUGCUCUGAACAGACACAGAGAGGUUUUGGUUUACAAUGUUCCUGGGGGUAAGAAGAACAGAGGGCUUUCUGUGAUUGGCUCCUUGAGAGAACUUCUCCCUCCCUCUCAGCUCACCCAGGAUGUUGUGGAAAGAGCUCUGGUGGUGGGCUGGUGCAUCGAGUUGCUUCAGGCGUUUUUCCUGGUGGCGGACGACAUCAUGGAUGGAUCUGUGCUACGCAGAGGACAGCCGUGCUGGUUCAGGAAGGAGGGAGUCGGGCUGGAUGCCAUCAAUGAUUCAUUUUUCUUGGAAUCAGCACUUUACAGGCUACUUCGAAAAUACUGCAGAGAGCAGCCCUACUAUGUCCAUUUGUUGGAGCUCUUCACAGAGACCACAUAUCAGACGGUGCUUGGACAGACUCUGGACCUCAUGACUGCUCCACCUGGAGAUGUUGACCUCAGCAGGUUCAGCAUGGAAAAGUAUAAAACCAUAGUGAAAUACAAGACAGCUUUUUACUCGUUCUACCUCCCAGUGGCAGCAGCAAUGUACAUGGCAGGAAUUACUAAUGACGUAGAGCACAAUCACGCCAAAGAAAUCUUACUUGAAAUGGGGGAGUUUUUCCAAAUACAGGAUGACUUUUUGGACUGCUACGGUGACCCUGCAGUGACUGGAAAGAUUGGCACAGACAUCCAGGAUAACAAGUGCAGCUGGUUGGUGGUGAAAGCUCUGGAGGUCAUGUCUCCUGAGCAGAGAACAGUUCUGGAGGCUUGUUACGGACGCAAAGAUGACGCCAGUGUGGAGAAGGUCAAAGCUCUCUACAAAUCUCUGCAGAUACAAACCCUCUAUCACAAAUACGAAGAAGAGAGCUAUCAGCGGCUGCAGAAGCUCAUCGCUCGCUGCGCUGUCACCCUUCCCACCACAGUUUUCCUAAAUUUUGCAAACAAGAUAUACAAAAGGAACAAGUGAUGACUUGCUAGACUGUGCGGAACCAGAGCAGCACAGCCCAUUUGAAAUGUUUUUAGACUGUAUUGAGAUUUCUUAAAAAAUCUACUCCUUUUAGCAGGAGAAAUGCUCAGAAAAAGGGUUAUGUGCAAACCUGCUGAGUCCUACAGGUCUGUGCAUUUUGAAUUGCACUUCUGUUCUUUGUCUGCUGAUUAUUAAAGCAGGUGCAUUGUUUAUAUCGAUUGAUUGUACUUACCUGGUUUCAACAGUUUAAUGUUCCCUGAAGCACUUGUUAACAUUUUUCCUGGACAAAACAAGGGUUUGUAAAGUGUGUAAAUAAAGGCAUUCUUGUUGAUUAUUUAAAACUAUUGCUUUUUGCAUUGCAGAAUAAGGUUUUUGAAAGUCUUGAUUUUAUUUCUCCUGAUAAAUAAAUAAUGAAAUGUA